AAAAUGUAUAAAUGCAAGCCAAAAGAUGCUUCUUUCCUUUCCGUGGAGCGAGGCCCUGUAUGGAUUAUAAAAGCUGGCCAAUCCGAUCCUGCCUGGCAACAAAAAAAACAACAACAAAAAACUGAGCAUCAACGGUAGCCUUAAGUUGUAGACAAACAACCAGGAAACAUGGUAGGACUUAAACCCUCAGAUGUCCCUCCUCCUCUGGGGGUGAAGAUGGCCAGUGCUGGAGCGGCCGCCUGUAUAGCCGAUAUCGUCACAUUUCCUCUGGACACGGCCAAAGUCAGACUACAGAUUCAGGGAGAGAAGACGGCAGUGGGAGGCAUCCGCUACAGGGGGGUGUUUGGGACCAUCAGCACCAUGAUCCGAACAGAGGGGCCCAGGUCUCUGUACAACGGGCUGGUAGCCGGGCUCCAGAGACAGCUGUGCUUCGCCUCCAUCAGAAUCGGCCUCUACGACAACGUCAAAAACUUCUACACCGGAGGCAAAGACAAUCCCCAUGUGCUGAUUCGUAUCCUGGCCGGCUGCACUACGGGAGCGAUGGCAGUGUCCUUUGCGCAACCCACCGAUGUGGUCAAGGUUCGAUUCCAGGCCCAGAUGAACCUGGACGGCGUGGCUCGUCGCUACAGCGGCACCAUGCAGGCCUACAAACACAUCUUCCAGAACGAGGGCAUACGAGGGCUUUGGAAAGGAACACUACCAAACAUCACAAGAAACGCGUUGGUCAACUGCACAGAGCUGGUUACAUAUGACCUGAUCAAGGAGGCCAUCCUCAAACACAAGCUGAUGUCAGACAACCUGCCGUGUCACUUUGUGUCCGCGUUCGGUGCCGGCUUUGUUACCACGGUGAUUGCCUCGCCGGUAGACGUGGUGAAAACGCGAUACAUGAACUCUCCACCAGGCCAGUACAAAAGCGCCAUCAACUGUGCCUGGACCAUGUUGACUAAAGAGGGGCCCUCAGCGUUCUACAAGGGAUUCGUGCCUUCGUUUCUGAGACUGGGAUCUUGGAAUGUUGUGAUGUUCGUCUCGUUUGAGCAAAUCAAGAGAGCCAUGAUGGUCUCGAAGAAGAGGAUGGAGGCCACAAAUUAAGAAAAGUUUGACUAUCGUUACCGCUGCCGCUGGGUUGGAACAUCAAUGAGGAAACCCAAUGUAAAUGAAAUUCUCGUUUUAGCCUUAUCCGACAAUCCUCUUGUCCCAUCGUGACAAGAGAGAAAAUCCUUUGUUUAAAAAGGAGCAUAGGACUAUCUGUCAUGAACUUGUCUUCUUGUGUAAGAGAAGACACACACACGUCUCUAUUUAUAUUUAAAAUUUGUCACAAUGAACCCAUUCUGGAUAUUGUGGGAGCAAAUGGUACCAAAACGUGUUGAGUUUGAGUAAAGGCUCAGUUUCCAAGACACUGAUGAGCCUUGUCUUAAGGGGGAGUACACCUUAUUUCACAGGUUCGCAAAGCCAUUAUAUUGUAUAGGCUCUUAACAAUGUUUGAUAUGACCCAAUUUAACAUGCUAUACAUCAUUUUAAAGCUUAUGAGUUGCAAAUUAGAAGUUACAUGCAGUGAUCCCUGGGGACAAAAUCUUGUCAUAAACAUGCCAAUACACAUUUCCCGGUGACCCAUCUUUAGAUGCUAUCUACUCAGAGUCUAUAAAUUUUGGGUCAAUGACUAUUAUACCUGUUGAUAGAGUAACCUACUGUAAAAAAAAAUAAUGGGUGCUUUGGGGAUAACUCUUUUUCCUAUUGCCACAGCAACCAUUUCAAUAUAAAUAACUCUUUACCCCAGAAUGAAAAUGGUCUUAAGUGGUCAGAUUAUGAAGUAUUUAAAAAAGCAUCCAUUAUUUUAAGAAGUACUGUCUUAAGAACAAUCUGUGAAAAAAUCAGCAUGAUUGCUCAAAUAGUUUAAAAGUUAUUAGGUUUUAUGUAACGCCUGUCCCAAAAAAUACAGAUUUUGAGAAAAUGGCAGAUAAAGAUUGUGAGCCAUGCACAAGUACUUGCCAAGCUGUUGUAGGUCACUAACUAAACAUUUCUUUGAUACCUAAUGAAUAGCUUAAGCACUUAACAUUUUUUUAGAUUUUUUGAAGGCAUAUAAGGUGUAACCCUCCCCACCCCCCCUAAGUUAAAAACAUUUAACUAACCCUGGAGAUCAAAAUCAACAAAGACCUCCAGGAUUAGUAGAUCAAACCUAACGAAUAUCUCCAAGGGUCUGGGUUACGAAAACCCUAACCCUCAAGAUCAAAAUCUACGAAGAUCUCCUAUCCCUGGAGAUCUUCAUUGAUUUGUUAAUUUGAAUUGUAGGACCAGCCCUUAUCCAUAACUCGAGUCAUUUUAACAUGUCUGUCAUCUUUAACCAGUGCAUCUUUGCAUGUGCUAAGUAACAUUGGCACCCAUGAUAAUAAGUGUAAAACAUGUUUAUAUAAAUCCUAAAUAUAUUUGACUUGUUUUACAGA